AUGUCGGUUUUUGGUUCUAAGCCAGAAUUUAACCUCCAGAAAAAUACAGUCCUGGUCAGCAAAACGAACCAGUUCGUAGUGGAAGACCUGAUGGCGCGCGGAGGCUACGGCUGUGUGGUAAAGUGCAGGAAGGUGGAGACGGAGGAGAUGGUGGCCGUAAAGCUGGUGAAGCGAUCGCAGUACGACUCCGGCGUGAAUGAAAUGAAAAUUUUUAAGACACUCAGACAAUUUAAGGGCGGCAAUACAAACAUAGUGAAAUUUCUGGAACAUUUUGAGCACAACAACCAUUUCUGCCUGGCAUUUGAGAUGUUGGACAUUAAUCUAUACGAAUACAUCAGGUGUAGGUAUUUUUUUCCUUUGGACAUCAACGAAAUCCGAGUUUUGGCGCAGCAGCUGCUUGUAGCUCUGAAAGUCCUGAAAGAGUUACGUGUAACACACAGAGAUAUAAAAUGUGACAACAUCAUGCUAGUUGAUCGGGCGUCGCAGCCGCUGCGGGUGAAGCUGAUAGACUUUGGUCUCUCCACCAGAACCUACAGCAUGAGGAAUUACGUGUUCAAGCAGCCGCUGUCUUACAGAUCCCCAGACGUCAUCCUGGACUUUCCUUUAGAUGAAGCUAUAGACAUGUGGGGUCUAGGAUGUGUUUUAGCCUUUUUGUACCUCGGUCGCCACCUGUUUCCCUCGCGGGCCGAGUACGAAACCUUAAGUGUGAUGCUCAAGCUUCUAGGAAAGCCUCACGAUACUCUGCUCACCUUCGGACUCAGCACAGGCCGGUUCUUUAAGUGCGUCAAAGGGGAAUUUACGUACACUUGGUUACUAAAAACGACAGAGGAAUAUUAUGAUGACUCGGGCGAGGUGGUCGUGCUUCGUCCUGGAGUUCAUUCGGACCUGAGCUGUUUGGAUGACCUGCAGAAAAAGCGACCAGAGCCCAAGGAUCCUUUGGAGAAGAGGGAUUUACUGUCUUUCAUUGACCUUCUCAAAAAGAUGCUGGAUAUGAAUCCUUCAAGACGGAUCGCCCCCCUGAAGGCGUUGAACCAUGAAUUUAUCACAAUGGCUCACCUGUCUGCUGACUCCAGCAGCCCUUAUGUGAUUGCGUCCCAGACGAAGAUGGUAAAGGUGGAAGAGGAAGAGCCUGAAGUGGAGAACUCCACCUCUGCAGGACCCAGUCUGCCACAGGAGAGCUUAGACUCAACUCCUCAUGUAGAUGGCAAUAAAGAAUCAGAGAAGAAAGCGGCUGAGCAGAAACAAGCAGCACCGGGCCCGGGGCCCACCGUGACCAAAGGUCAGGCGAAACCGGGCAGCAGACCAGCAGGCAUGAACCCAAGCGGCCAUAAAACGGGACCGUCGGCAAGUUCAAGCAGGCACACCACGGUUCCUCCAGCCACCGUCAGGAAGAACAAGAACAAGAGUAACAAUUGUAAACCUGGGAAACCAGGACCGGUCCGGCCAAACCGAGAACUGCGCCCAGUUCACCGAGGUCAAAACGAGGAAUACGUGUCUCAGGAGGAUGAAGAACUUUGCCACGCGGGUCUUAAGAUGUUUAGAAGCCGGGGUUCUGGAGCUGGGUCAGGGAACCAGCUGAAGGUCCGCCCCGCGGGUGGAGAUGUUCUCCGGGAGCGCCGGUCCUCCUACCGAUCCAGCAGGUCACGAGUCAAACCUCAGACAUGGGAGGCCGGAGUCCUGCAGCUGCUGCAGCGCCUGGUCCAGCACAGCAGAAUCCAGAUGGCUCCUCAGAAUGGAAACAAGGCCUCCAGACUCCUGGGAAGUGGUGGUGAGCAGGGCUCUCUGGGCUCGGUUCUGCAAGAUGAGACUGGUCCAGAGGGUGAACACUGGCAGCAGGUUAUGAGCUCAGGGGAAAUCGGAGGUCAGGGGACAGAAACAGGUCAGGCAGGUGAAGACAAACCCAGGCAGGAGGCGGGAACAGGGUCGGGUCCAGAAGUCCGGCGUGGGCUCGGCGAGGCAAGGGAGUCCAGGGAGUCCAAUUAG